UAAUUUUCCUUUGUUUUGUUCACAAAUAUCUUGAAAAAGAAAUCAGUUUUUGGUUCCUUGCAACAAACAGCCGCAAAAUAUAAUUAGCAUUGUCCAUAUUAGCAUACUUAUAUCUCUCACAACAUGCGCAGAUUUUCCGACGCGAGUUAAUGUGGAGUUCACGCUGUUCGUUUUAAAUAUAAUUAAAUUUUUUUUAGACCGGACUCAUUAUAAGACUUUUAUAUUUUGCAGUUUUGGCACAAACAAUCAUUUAGACGUCACUACGUUUGUCACGGUAUUGAACGCAGCAAUUACAGAAGGACACCACAAGAUGGCGGCCUCGCAUCAGCAAGAAAUGGCAUCAAAUCGAGGGCAUUCAUACAGGCAAACAAUGAAGACUCUAGCUAAAACGUUAUAUAGACACAACAGCUAACCUUUCGUCCUCUCCAGUUCUCAUCGUGCAGGUUUAAAAGUCAGUUUUAGCAGAUAACAUGGGCUCAUCCUUAAUCCACCAAACACCUUCCUUCAAAAGCUUCCACUUUCUGCUCAGGCACCAGGCACUGAAACCUAAUGAACCUUGUUGGUAACCAUGUUAAACUGGCCUAAAGUUACCUGAGCUCAUGACUAGUUCCAUGUAUAAUUCAUCUCCUCAGUAAUCUACUCACCUUCAGAAAGGAAUCUGACUCCAUUAGCCCGUCUACCUGCCCUGAAGAAGGACUUUAGUUUGGAGUCUGUUAACAGGUAAUGGUUUAAGAUCAUGGCUGAACAAAGGCAACGGGCCCUGUCCACAUCAGGAGAGGCUCUGUACCAGAUUCUCGGCCUUGACAAAAACUGCACUCAUGAUGACAUCAAGAGGUCCUACAGGAAGCUCGCUUUGAAAUAUCACCCUGACAAGAACCCAGAGAACCCAGAUGCCACCGACAAAUUUAAAGAGCUCAACAAUGCUCAUGCGGUGCUGUCUGACGUCACUAAGAGGAACAUUUAUGACAAGUAUGGCUCCCUGGGUCUGUAUGUGUCGCAGCAGUUUGGGGAGGAGAAUGUGAACACAUACUUUAUGCUCUCCAGUUGGUGGGCAAAGGGUCUGUUUGCCAUCUGUGGCUUGCUGACAGGUUGCUAUUUCUGUUGUUGUCUGUGCUGCUGUUUCAACUGCUGUUGUGGGAAGUGCAAACCGCACACACCUGGAGAAGAGGACCCAGAGUUCUAUGUGUCUCCCGAAGACCUGGAGGAGCAGAUCCGUACGGACAACGAGAGAGAUGGCGACGCUCCGAUUGUGAUGCAGCCAACCAAUGCUAGUGAGAAGACCCAGCUGAUCGGCGAUGGACACAGAACAUACACCUAAAUGAAAAAAAGUCACGAUAGAUAUUAAUUUUAAAAUUGUUUUUGAAUAUAUUGGUGUCUUUUACAGUAUACUGAUUAUGUUAGGACUGAGAAAGCUAAAAAUACUCAACAUCUUAAGCUUUGUUUAGCCAUGCUGUCUGUAAAUAACAGAUAUUAUAAUAUUCUUAUGCUUCAUGUGGAAUUAAAAGGGAUAAUGUGAUAAAAAAUAUCAUGGCCUAAAUGUACGCUUUUUUUUUCUUAAAAGUCUGCUAGUACUAGUAACAUUUAUUAGUAUUAUUAUAGAAAGCUUACCUGUUCCAUUUACGCGUGACUGACAGAUAUGUAACACAGUAGGUUUAUGAGUUUGUCUAUGUUCAAAGUGUGUAGUGUGAAAUCCCAUAUGCAAAUCUAAUUUAUGAAUUCUAAAUUUAGACCAGUUUUUGGAGUGCAUAUCUUACAAAAUUCUGAUAUAAGGGGCCACAAUUAA